GCCGUGUCCGUACCGCCUCUUCCUCGUCCUACGCCGCGACCUCUCCGAGCGCUACAUAAAUAAGUAGCCACGUUUAUCUCAGAAGAUAACUUGUUUUCAAUCCACCAUGUCGUCUCUCCCUGUCGAAACCAUCGCAUCCCUCGCCGACCAACACCCCAAGCCGGCGCACAUCACCUUUCAGUAUGGAACCGCAGGCUUCAGGACACUUGGUAAUGUCCUCGACUCGGUACUCUUCCGAGUUGGUGUUCUGGCCGCUUUGCGGAGCAAGAAACAGGACGGAAAGGUCAUCGGAGUUAUGGUCACUGCAUCCCACAACCCGGAACCCGACAAUGGCGUAAAGCUCGUUGAUCCCCGCGGUGAGAUGCUGGAGGCCUCAUGGGAAGGCCACGCCACAACGCUCGCCAACGCUGCCACCACCGAAGACUUCAUCGCCGUGCUCGAGAACAUUGUCAAAACCACCAAGAUCGACCUUUCAAAACCUGCUCGCGUCGUAUAUGCUCGGGACACUCGUCCUUCGGGUCCCGCUCUCGUUGCGUCGCUCGAAGAUGGUUUCAAGGCUAUCGGUGCUGAAGCGAGGAAUGGUGGCGUCACCACCACACCCAUUCUUCACUAUUACGUUCGUGCGAUGAACACCAAGGGCACAAAAGAUGCGUACGGUGAGGAUACGGAGGAUGGAUACUUCACGAAGCUCAGCACUGCGUUUGGAAAACUGGUGUCUGGCAAGGCCCCCUUGCCGCCCCUCAUCGUAGACUGUGCCAAUGGUGUCGGUGCAGACGGUAUCGCCAAAAUAUCCCCUUACCUGGGCGACCACCUCAAGCUUGUGGCUGUGAAUACCGCCACAACAACCUCUGGCGCGCUUAACAACGCCUGUGGUGCCGACUACGUGAAGACAUCCCAGAAACUCCCCCCGUCUCUUGCAGGCCACAUUAAGCCCGGCCAGCGUGCUUGCAGUCUGGAUGGCGACGCAGAUCGAUUGAUCUACUACUACAUGGAUGACCGAAACCAGUUCCAUAUGCUCGAUGGAGAUAAGAUCGCUGCUCUGGUGGCGGCCUUCAUCGUUGAUCUCGUCAAGACUGCUGGCCUUGAGGAGGAUAUCAAGGUUGGCGUCGUGCAAACGGCGUACGCGAACGGUGCAUCAACAAAAUACCUGACGGAGCGUGUACCCGUCCGAUGCGUUCCUACUGGUGUCAAACACCUCCACCAUGCCGCCGAACAUUAUUCCGUUGGCGUCUACUUCGAAGCCAAUGGUCACGGCACCGUCCUCUUCUCCUCCGAGACCCAAGCAAAGCUUGCCUCCCACGAACCUUCUACCCCCGCCCAAUCCACCGCGCUGAACUACCUCAAGUCCCUCACGGAGCUCAUCAACCAAACCGUCGGCGACGCUAUCUCCGACAUGCUCCUCGUCGAGGCCGUCCUCGCACACAGGUCCUACUCCGGCGUCGAGUGGGACUCGCUUUACGUCGACUUGCCGAAUAGGCUCGUGAAGGUCGUUGUGGCGGAUCGUCAUGCGUUCCAUACGGAGGAUGCGGAGAGGAAGUUGGUCAGUCCUAAGGGAUUACAGGCGAAGAUUGAUGAUCUUGUGAAGCGGUAUGAUGGUGGACGGUCCUUCGUUCGGCCGAGUGGAACGGAAGACGUCGUUCGUGUUUAUGCGGAGGCGGUCAUCCGGUCCCAUGCGGAUGACUUGGCCUUCCGUGUGGCUGGACUCGUGUACGACGAGACUGGCGGUGACCCCGCUACUCGUCCCAAAGAGUUCAUCUGAACAUGAGCCUGACGAUACCACGUAUGAAAAAAGAGAAGUAUGUAUAAUCUAUGAAGUUUUCUGGGGUAUCAUGGGGUAAAAAAACUCUGUGUAUACACAAAUGGACGGUUGGAUAACAAUGUAUAGCAUAAAAAAGAAAGUCGCUCCUCACCAUCGCUUUGACCGUGAC